AUGGCAGCUUUGAAGUUAAUACCUGAAGACGACAACAAAGAAAAUGUUUCCCCUUCCGAGAUGGCCACCGUUUGUGUCAAGCCUCAUGAUAAAUACAGAACCGAAAUCAGCUUCAGAAGAAAAAGGUAUACAAGAGAGCCUCUUCAAGACAUCACUAAUCUCUUUGUCCCAUCAUCACCAUUGUCCUCUUCGUUUCUGAAUCUGCAUGCGCCCUCUUCGCCAUCUCUAUCAGUUGUUCCCAAAUGCAUGAAGAGAAAAUCUGGUGUUGCUCUCAAAGCUGCCACUUCUUCUACCUACUCUUCUAAAAAUUACAGAUGA